CAUCGUUCGCUUCAGCACCGCACCCCACCUCUAUAUCCCCACCAUCGCAUCCAACCGCAUUUGCUCGCUCUGCCAACGCCCGUCCGUGAGCAUACAAAGGAUACACCGACGUCCCCUGAAAUCGGCCAAGCGCUCCUUCGGACAAGGGAAUCAAGCUUGUGCGGCGGAGGACAUGUGAAGCUGGGAGGAAGAGUAGACAAGGAUGCGGAAGGUGGAUGCCUGGCAAUUUCGCUCUUCGAUGGAUUCAGUUGAACUCGAAGACAGUGGUGAACACCAACCGUCUCUGGAAGUUUCCCUUGCUUCAGAUGUGAUAUAUGAUGACGCACCUGUAUGUCCGUGCAUUGGGAGUGACCACCAGGCAGAAAUCCCGAAUCUGUCCACAGAGGAUGAGCGUCAGCAGCUCAUGACCAGCUCGCCUGGAGGCGUGCUACCUGGUUUUGAUUACCCUGUUACGAUUGGGUUAGCUAUACCGGUCAUAUGGGGACCAAGUGAAGUCCGUAAGGAGGAAGAAUUAGGAAGGCAUCAUUCUUCAGAAACCAAAGCAAGAGCCAUCAGCCAGGAUGAGGAUCGUCCUGUAACCUCAGUUUGUCCAACCAGCAAUGAUAUGAGUGACCAUGAUUCAACAUAUCAGGAUCCACAGCCCAUGGUGCCUGUAGAUCAUGUAGAAUCUGGCAGUAAUCGAGCACAUGCCGAGAACUUGGCCCCGUGUUCUACACAAGAAGGCCACAAUUUUACUAAUAAGCCAAUGACGCAGGAAGGGGAAAUUGAUCAAUUUAUUCCGCUGCCGUGUGCAUCCACUUCCCUUUGGAGUGGUAUUGAGGCAGAAUGUUUUCUGCUCGGGCUUUACAUUUUCGGCAAAAAUCUAAGUCUGCUGAGCAGGUUCCUUGGUAACAAGACUAUUGGGGAUGUGCUUUCCUACUACUAUGGAAAGUUCUACAAAAGAGACGCGUAUAGAAGAUGGUCGGAUUGCAGAAAAGCACGAACUAGGAGAUGCAUUCUCGGGGAACGCAUUUUUACAAGUUGGCGGCAGCAGGAGAUUAUUUCUCGUCUUAAAUCUGUAAUACUCAAUGAAGCUCAUGAUUCGUUGCUGGAGAUUUUCAAAUCUUUCAACGAUGGACAAACAUCUUUAGAAGAUUUUGUCUUUGCUCUGAAAUCCACUGUUGGAACAGAAGCUCUUGUGGAGGCUGUUGGAAUUGGUAAAGAGAAACGUGAUUUGACUGGAUUUGUUCUGGACCCAUCUAAGCCAAACCAAGUUCCAAAUCAUCCUGACAUGCCUACAGGCAAAGACUGUUCAUCGCUUGCUUCGGAAGAGAUAAUUAAGUUCUUAACAGGCGAUUUCAGAAGAAGCAAGACAAGAUCAAAUGAUCUUUUCUGGGAAGCUGUCUGGCCCCGUUUGCUUGCAAGAGGGUGGCAUUCAGAGCAGCCAAAAGAUGUCAGCACAACUAAGAAUUCCCUUGUGUUUCUUGUGCCAGGUAUAAAGAAAUUCUCAAGAAGUAAACUCACUAAAGGUACUCAUUAUUUUGAUUCUGUCAGCGAUGUCCUUAAACGAGUGGCAGCGGAUCCCAUCCUUCUUGACCUAGAGGUUGGCGGAUUGGCCAAUGAUAUUACUGCCGAGGAAAAUGGCUAUGACACAGACGUGAAAAAUAACCAAGAUGAUCCUUUGGAUGGUAAUCAGGAGCUUCCAAGGUUCACAAUUAUUGAUACUACCUUGGUACAAGGACAAGAGCCCUUCAGAAUCAGGGAGAUGAGGAGACUACCUGCUGAUGCAAAAGUUCGUUCUGUCCCUUCACGCCAAUCACGCAAGGUUGUGACUGUCAGUUCAUCGGAGGGGUCAGAUGCAGAUGGUCGAUUGUCAGAUGACCAGGAAUAUCGUGGACCAGUUACAACUGAUGUUAACGACACUGAAAUCUUUUCAGUGCGCAAUGUAAAGAAAGAAACCCAAGUUGAUUCGUUGCAAAACAUGGUGACUGCAUCAUGCUCAGAUUUUCCAGUCAAUGGUCAUUCUUCUAAUGGCAGUGGUAACGAAAUUGAUUUGACAUGCUUAUUUGAGCCCAAAACAAAAACUGAAAGGCGCAAGUAUUUAUCACCAGUGUCAAAGCGCAGAAAAUUAUCUAGCUGUAACAAUGACCAGACCAGCCGGCGCAGCUUUCCUUUCUCCAAGGGAGUUGGUUCAACAAAAGAGAAAAUCAAGCCACUGUCAACCUCGUCAAAACCAACUGUCGGUGAUGUUUCUGGUAAUUCUCAGAUCAAAGAGAAAAUCAAGCCACUGUCAACGUCAUCAAAACCAACUGUCGGUGAUGUUUCUGGUAAUUCUCAGAUCAAAGAGAAAACCAAGCCACUGUCAACGUCAUCAAAACCAACUCCACUGUCAACACCAUCAAAACCAACUGUUGGUGAUGUUUCUGGUAAUUCUCAGAUCAAAGAGAAAAUCAAGCCACUGCCAACCUCAUCAAAACCAACUGUUGGUAAUGUUUCUGGUAAUUCUCAGAUCAAAGAGAAAAUCAAGCCACUGCCAACCUCAUCAAAACCAAUUGUCGGUGAUGUUUCUGGUAAUUCUCAGAUCAAAACGGUUGCAAGAUGUUCCACAGAGAAGCCACGCGAGCAGGUAAGAGGUGCAUCAAACACUCUUACCAAUGACAGGUCAAGUGAGAAGAUGAAAGUGAAGAACUUAUAUGAGGACAAAUCAUUUGAGCGCAAGGUCGAUGCUCUGCCUGAAGUUCAUUCAAAGAUCACCAUCGGUGAGACAAAAUUUGCGAAAGGGGCUCAAGCUAGUAGUUCGGUUGGUCAGGUUAAACAGGAGACACCACUUGAUAGCAUGACAGGUGCAAUUGUAUGUGUCACUUUAUCAGACGAUGAUGAUUACAUGAUGGCUGAGGAAGCUCCCUCCAUUUCCAGCAGCGAUCAGGUCCGUGAUCCAGAGGUAGCAGAACGACCCAUGGCUAUGGUACAACCUGCUAGUUCACAAGCUGAUUUGGCUCCGCAGGCGGAUUCUCGGAGGCAUGGAACCAGAAACAGGCCUCCCACAGCAAAAGCUCUGGAAGCACUUGCCUUGGGGCUCAUUGGAAAGCGCAAGGGCGAACCCAAAAGCCCUGGAACAAGAAGGCCUCCCCAGCGAGCUCGCAAAUCCAGUAAAAAAUCGGUUCAUACACCUACCGGCAGCGACACCGACAAAUCCAGCAUGGAUGCUGAUGCGCAACUGUGAGCGGAUCGUUAUGCAUUUUGUUGGUGUAAGCUUACACCAUAUCAGCAUUUUGGACGAUCGGUAUCCAGCGAGAACAUUUGAGGGCUUCCGACUUCAACUAGAGACGCCUGCGUCGAUUAAUCUUCCCUUCGGAGGCGCCUUCCAUCUUGUGAUAUGUAAUAUAACAAUGCGACGGCAAGGUGUGGAGAUGGUUGGCCGAUUGACUAUCUUGCAAUGCGCUCCCUCGGUUUCUAUUUAGCUUGCAGACUUGUAUGCCAAUCAAGGAUUGGGAAAUGCAACUUGUACUGGUGUAGAAAGAGUUGAUACCAUAUUGGGCUAUUGACCAGUUCGCUUUUCUUA